UGUUUCACACAGGCUUUAAAUUCACUCCGGCAUUCUUUUCUGCAGUGUUCACAGUCGGAUAGAAAUAACGAUGCUACUAACACGGUCGGCUGUGUUACUAGUGACCCUCGUCUUGUCGUCCUCACUCCUGUCAACUGCCUCGACGCAUGACGAAGGAGGGGAUGCUCACGCCACUAGACAAUACAGAUUUCUACUGUUUGCCUCUAUUACGGGCGGGAGCCACUACAUCGCCUUAUGCAAAUCGGGUAGGGUCCUGGUGCGACAGGGUCACCGCGUUGUCUCCCUCGUCAGUAGCUCUAACUCCAACAGUAGCUGGCAGAAGGACGCCGACUUAUUCUCCUUCGUUGUCUUCAACUCCACUUACACCAAACAGCACAGAAACGAGAUCGUGGACAACAUAGGCAGGGUGAUUGUCCGAGGACAUCAUAAUUCCUUCUGGGGACCCUACUUCCAUUCGGCAAACCUGACAGGCAGGUUGAGCUUUGUGGACAUGUGGCUUCAAGAAUGCGACGAUUUGUUGGGGGAUGCAGCAACGAUGGAACGGCUGCGUGGCGAGAAUUUUGAUAUGUUGGUUGUGGACGACGUUAUACCUUGCGGUCCACUGUUGGCACAGGCUCUAAACAUCCCAUUUAUUCAUAACUCGGUCUACUUCGCGAAUCCGUCCAAGCAUGGAUGUUGGGCUGGGCUACCAAUUGAGCCAUCCUACGUACCAGAGCUUGCCCUGGGACUCACUAACAAAAUGACGUUUCUCCAACGAGUCCAAAAUACUUUAGCCCAUUAUAUCUACGGCUUUAUCCAUUUUCGUCUGGGUCUGUGCAAGUUUGAUGGCUAUGAUAAGUUGAAAAUCAAGUACAAUAUCAAGCCAGAGAUCAGCACCCUCGAGUCCUACAAACAAGCCGUCUUGUAUUUCCUACACGGGAGUUUCGCGUUAGAGUUCCCUCGACCUCUACAGCCCAACACGAUCGUUGUUCUCCACAAUGCCGGACUGCACUCAAACGAAACGCUGAAAGAGACGGUGUCAGAAUUCUUAGAUACUGCGCCAGCUGGAGCGAUAUUGUUUUCCAUGGGCACUUUCAUCACUGCGAUGGAGCGCCACAAGGCUCAAGUGUUUGCAGAUGCCUUCUCUAGGCUUCCGUAUCGCGUGCUGUGGCAGUCAGGCAUGGAGUUGACAGGACUUCAGCUAGGAAACAAUACGAUGGUUGUCAAGUGGUUGCCAAUGACACAAGUUAUGGAACAUGCUAAUAUACGAUUGUACGUUGGCCAGGGUGGAAGCUUAACCGUGCAUGAAGCACUUUGGGCAGGUUUACCGAUAGUCGGACUGCCGUUGGUGGAAGAUAUGAUGGACAAUAUGGUCCCCGUGGAAACAAAAGGUGCCGGGUUGUCGUUGGACAUCGGUAACAUUACACCAGACACGUUGAGCCAAAGCAUCGUCAGGGUCAUGACGGAGCCUAGAUUCCGCAAGAACGCGCUACGCAUCUCCAAGAUCAUGCGCGAUCUGGAGCCGUCUACUUCUCCCGUUGAUACCAUAGUUCACUGGAUCCUUCACGUGACUCGGUUCGGCGGAGCCCACCUAAGACCAGCCGUUCAGGAUCUGAGUUACAUCCAGAGAAAUCUGCUGGACGUCUACCUCUUCUUAGCUGUCAUUGUGGCCUCGGUUUGCUGGAUAAACGUGUCUGUGUGCUGCUUCUGUUUCAAGCGCAUGCGUACCAUCGACAGGCCCAAGGACUGGGGGUAUCGAGCCAUCCAAGCAUUUAAUUACCAUCGCCUCUUGUUGCCAUUUCCUCUUUCGAGGACAAUGUCCGAAAGUAAGAGCAGCUCUUCGGACGGCUAA